GAUAAGAGCUGCUAACACACAUUGUGAAGCAGUCCAUUAUACAGUAGAAAAAGAAAGUAAAUAGUCAUACUAGCAGCAAUGGAAGGCGACAGGAAGCAGAAGAAGCAAGAGGAGGAGCAGCUAAAGAUGAGAAACGAGGAACUAGAGAAAGCGCUUAAAGAAAGCAAAGAAAGAGAAGGAGAAAUGAGAGAAGAGUUGCAAAGAGCAUGGCACAGAUUGAGAAUUGCGGAGGAGGCUGAAGAGAGGCUGUGCUCUCAGCUUGGCGAACUGGAGGCUGAGGCUGUCAAUCAGGCGCGUGCUUACAACGCUCGCAUACUCUUUCUCAUGGAUCAACUUUCUCAUCUCUCUCCCGCUGCCCCUUGAUCAAAAUUAGUCACUGUACUUCUAUUUCCUGUAUCCAACCCAAUUUUUGUCUAGUAUACGGAAGAUAAUAUUGAGGCACAUUCCGUGCAUGCCUAAUUUUAGCUAAUUUUCUUGUAUCCUUAGUGCCGUUCAAAUUUUCCUUUUCGUUACCAUGGAUAGCUCUAGCGUUCAAUUUAAUCCAAAUCUAAAAUUGGGAAUGGCA